UGAUCACGAAUGUCGCACACAUCAUGGCCUCCAAUACAGUCUCUACCCAGAAAAAGGGCCGGAGUCGGCGAUCAGGUACACCAUGGACUCGUGGUGGAUGCAUUACCUGUAAAUCCCGGCGGAAGGGCGGUUGUGAUAGAGCAACCCCGAGCUGUAAUAAUUGUCUGAAGCUUGGCCGGAUCUGUGAGGGAUAUGAUGACCUCUGGGUGGCACCAUUGGGACCCUCGGCGCCAGUCUUUAAGUCGACCAAGGGACCAAAAAGACGGCGACUUAAUUCUUCAUCAACGUCGCAACCACUAUCGCCGUCGCCGUCGCCGUCUUCAAGCGAUCCAUGGCAGGACUUAGAGCAAUCAUCCCAGCCGGUCACGCCAGGCUGCUCUGUUCCAUCGUCUCCGCAAUAUCGAGUCAUAGACCUCGAUGUGGAGGAAUCCAGCCAAGAGCAAAAUUCAGAGGGUCGGGACUGUCAUUCCUUGAUCCUGAAACCACAGGGCUUCUUGAGCCACUUAUCCGGCCAUGAGGCUCAUUAUUUGCAAUACCAUGAAGCCAUGGCAUCUCAGCGCCUUGCAAAUCUCGAAAGCGCGCAUAAUCCACUCCGAUCAUUCCUCAUUCCCCGAGCCAUGUCUUCUCCGCUUUUGAUGAAGGCAGUAUGUGCUAUUUCGGCAAUGCAUCUAUCGAAUCGGACAGAUAGUCUCGAUGCGAAAACUGCGGCGAUUGACUUUUAUGGGCGAACUCUGAGAGGGCUGCGUUCAGUCAUGGCGCAGUCUGUAACGGAUGGCGUGCCAGACGAUGCCAUGCUAGCUGUGGGCAUGAUGUGUAAAUACGAAGUCGUCCGCGGCAGUGUGAAGCAAUGGGUUGUCCAUCUUACCGCGCUGCAUCGGCUCCUUGCAUCUCGUGGUGGGCUAGGCUCGAUGGAUCCCGAGGCGGCACAUUUCCUACGUGGAUUAUAUGUGUAUGCAUAUAGCAUGGGACAGAUCAGCAACCGAAAAAAGAUUCUCGGGAAUCUCAUUCUCGCUGAUACCGACAUGGAGGCCCCCAGGCUCAGUAUAUACCUAGGAUUCACCGAAGAUAUCCUCAAAAUAUGUGCCUGUGUCGCAGAGUUACCAUCACUGCAAGGUGAUGACGUUUCACUACGCCUGGCCAUUGCAUCUACAAACGAAUCACUCCUCACUUGGACCCCUUCAUCAACGCGCCUAAACAUCCCCCAAGACCUCACACAAUCUACCCUCGUCCGCCUCAAGCUCGUCGCUGAAUGUUUCCGCGAUGCUGGUUUCGUCUAUCUACACUCUGUUCUCGAACACAUGAGUCGGGAUACUUCACCUACAUACAACGCCACGCCUCAAACACCAUACCCCAUAAGCGAAUGGUUAUCUCUAAUCUCCACACCCAAACAAAUCGCCAUUGAUCGCCUCCUCGCCCGCAUCCAAUCUUUCCCGUUAGACGAUAACUGCGAGUACUCGGCACUGACCUUUCCGUUGUUCAUUGCCGGUGCUGAGAGUGACGUUUUCGAGCAUCGGGACCUUGUGCUCGAGUCCCUCGGUAAAUUGCAGGAGAAUUUCGGCAUUGGGAAUACGUUACGUGCUAGGGAUGUCCUUCGUAUUCUCUGGGCGAGACGAGAUGCUGCUUCUCAGGAUUCGUCACUGAAACCCCAUUGGAUGGACAUUCUUGAGGAGCUACAAUGGGAGUUGACUCUUGCAUAACACUCCUAUACCCCCUCCCUGUUUUAUGACAUAGAUGAAUUGUACUUGUAGAUUUGUUGUGUUAUACCUGAUACAAACGCAAUGAGAGACGUCCGAGGGUAUUUGAAAUCAUCGAAUGGCCCUAUUCAACGAAGACAAAAGAAGGGACUCAAUCCCAAAAUAUAAUCGAAGAUAGGAGUUCGAACAAUACACUUGAAAAAAGGAGGGGGUAUGAGCGUAACAGCAAAAUUCGCCAAUAGCGGUCAUUGUCAACUCAAAGCCAUUUGCACUUCAUCACUUAAUCCCAUUUCCCUCUCUGCGCGUUCCGUUCCCCCCGCAGCCCGAGUACUCCAUUUAUCGUGCCGAUCGUGUGAAUUAGCUAUAUCCUUCUCGCGUGUACUAGCACUAUCACUCGUUGCCAUACUUCCUUCCCGAACACUGUACUGUGAUGGCUUGCGAGAAUGCUGGAUACUGAUAGGUCGUGCGGGCGUGCCUCGACCACUUGCAGUCGCAGCACCAGUAGCUUCUGUAAAACUGGCGCCGGUUGUUCGGCCGGCGUCGAUGGAGGAGCUAACGCUGCUGGUGCGGUCUUUGCUCCCCUCUUUACUCCCCUCUGAGCUUCCCUCUUUGCUACCGUCUUUGCUGCCGAACCAGCGUCGACGACGGGUUUUCAGGGGUGUGUGAGGAGAGAGACUGUUUGUCUCGAGAUCGGACUCUUUUUUGUCUUUUUCUCGCUCUUUUUCUCGCUCUAGUGCUUGGGUGAGACUGGAGACGGCUUCCGAAGGGCCAUCCUGCUGGAGGUCUACCAGCUCGGCAUCACGAUACCACUUGCGCCGGCGUGUGUACCGGUCCCAUCCAUCUUGUCCACGGCGGCCAUCGUUCCACUGACAGUUGUUAGUAUGGGCACAGAAGUCAAAAAUCCUAGAGAGAGACCUACCUUGUUGUCAUAGUAGAUCCAUCCCUCACUCGAGGAUAAUAGUUCCGACGAACAUAACAACGCGCCGGGUAGUGAUUAUGUAGAAGGGAGGGAGGGUCAGGAUGAUCCAAACGGGGGUAAUCAAAAGGAUGCGAAUGAAGAGCACCGUUAAGGCCGGACGAGUGGUCGCCGACGUAGGCGUUCGCUGGGUUGAUAGGAAAUCGGUCAAAUCGAGCAAAGGUUCAAGCAAAAUAUUGCACCGGGUUGUAAAAUUGCGCAACGUCUCCACGAUAUCAUCUAAGCUCUUUUGGUGACGAGUAACGUCUGCCGAAUGAUUGCGCCGAUGCUUUUCACCAGUUGAUGUAGUCGACGACAAAGGCGAAUAGCGACGGCCAUACAUGCCAAGGAUCAACCCAACCACGACGAGUAUCGGACCAGCCCAGAGAAUGAUCGCCUCGCUAUAGAGGACCACCGUCCAAAAGGUGGCCACGAGCAAGAAGCUCUGCCAGGGGUCCCCCGUUGUCCAUGUGAGAAGACCAACCAACUUAUUCAAAGGGAGAAGGAAUGGAUGGGAAUAUGCGAGGGCCCUGGUGAUGGCCGGCGGGGUUGCCACCAGCAGGGGUGAUUUGCGAUGUACGAUCACACUGGAACGCUGCCGCGAGGACAAGGCCGAGCCUGCGAUCGUGGAAGGAGAGAAGGCUGCGAUCGUCGGAGGUUGCGAGGAGUCGGCCAGGCCAUCCUGCGGCUGCGAUGCGGGUGCCAUGGACAUCCACGGGAG